AUGCAAGUGCAUUAUAUUUUGCGUUCUGGGCUGCUUUUUAUCAUUCUGCAUUUGGUCAUUGUUGAAAGCAAACCACCUAGUUCCACUACGGCCUGCUGUCAUAAAGAAACCCUAUCCAGAGUGAUUGACAUCCUCUUCAUCAAGGCCAUGAGAUUCAAAGCAUCUGUACCAGCAGACAGCAUCAAAAACACAAAGCUGCUAAAAAAGAAAACCAAAAGUCUGUUCAUGAAAAGCUGCCAAUUUCGAGAGCAACUGCUUUCCUUUUUCAUGGAAGACGUUCUUGGGCACCUUCCGUUUCCAUCAAACAAAGAGAUGGGCUUCAUUGACGACUUUCGUAGUUUUGGAAAGAAACUGAAUUACUGUGCCCUCUUUAACAAAAGUUAUCUGUUUCUGGUUGCCUUCUCAGUUUCCCUGUGCUCCAAACACUGGGAGAUGAAGCCCAUUACCAGGAUUAAGGCAGUAUUUUACAAGAUUGGAAACAAGGGAGUCUUCAAAGCCAUCAGUGAACUUGAUAUCCUUUUUCCCUGGAUAAAAAAUUACCUAGAUGGCAUUAAAUAA